CUGAGGCAAGGAACCAUAUAGAAGGGCUUUUGGCUGUCAUGCAGGUCUGUAGUACUGUAGUAGUGAUCUUGGCCACACUGCUGAUUGCCUCCGUGGAUGCCAAGAUUUAUGAACGCUGUGAGCUGGCAAGGAAGCUGGAGAAGGCUGGCCUCAAUGGCUUCAAAGGCUAUACUGUUGGAGACUGGCUGUGUGUGGCACACUAUGAGAGUGGCCUUGACACCUCUUUUGUGGACCACAAUCCAGAUGGCAGCAGUGAAUAUGGCAUUUUCCAGCUGAACUCUGCCUGGUGGUGUAACAAUGGCAUCACACCCACUCAGAACCUCUGCCACAUAGAUUGUAAUGACCUGCUCAACCGCCAUAUUCUGGAUGAUAUCAUGUGUGCCAAGAGGGUUGUAUCCUCACAUAAGAGUAUGAAGGCCUGGGAUUCCUGGACCCGGCAUUGUGCUGGUCAUGAUUUAUCUGAAUGGCUAAAGGGAUGUGAUGUGCAUCUGAAAACUGACUCAAACUAUGAUAACUGGUGAUUCAGAUUUUAUAAGGAUAGAGAUUCCAUUUUUUUCUUUUGUGGGUUUAAUAAAAGGUAACAUAUAUAAA